UGCAAUCUCAGUUACAUCCGGGCACUCUGCUCGCUUGACAAGUGACAACCCUGCGAAGAUGGCGACUACAGGGAGGAGUGCAUUAUUAUCCUCCACCUUAACUGGAUCGAAGACCACGCUGGGGAACCCGGAGGAGGAUGACGGCCAGAACUUAUGGUCGACCAUCCUGAGCGAAGUGUCAACCCAUUCAAGAUCAAAGCUACCGUCGGGGAAAAAUGUCCUGGUUAUGGGGGAAGUUGGCUCGGGGAAGACCACCUUGGUUGCCAAGUUACAAGGAGUUGAAGAGUACAUGAAAGGGCGAGGUCUAGAAUAUCUCUACAUCAAUGUACAUGAUGACGACAUCGACGACCACACGAGGUGUAACGUAUGGGUGUUAGACGGAGACCUUUACCACAAAGGUCUACAGGGAGUAGCCGUACCGGUGGACGCGAUCAGCAACACGUUACUGCUGAUAGCGGUUGACAUGUCGCGGCCGUGGAAUGCGCUGGACUCGCUCCAGAAGUGGGCGGCGGUCGCGAGGGAACACGUCGACAAACUGCGGGUCCCCCCAGAAACACUCCGGGAGCUCGAGCUUAAACUUGUAAAACAGUUUCAGGAAUACACAGAGCCUGGUAGUGGGGAGGAUGGGACCCCACAGAGGAGAGCUGAUGAGGAGGAGUGUGUCUUGCUGCCAUUAGGAGACAACACACUCACACACAAUCUGGGCAUACCAAUGGUAGUGGUCUGCACUAAGUGUGAUGCCAUUAGCACAUUGGAAAAGGAGCAUGACUACAGAGACGAACACCUGGACUUCAUUCAGUCUCACAUCAGACAGUUCUGUCUACAGUAUGGAGCAUCUCUCAUUUAUACAUCAGUGAAGGAGAUGAAGAACCUCGAUGUGCUAUAUAAAUAUCUGGUCCACAGACUUUAUGGCUUUCCAUUCCACUGCCCUGCACAAGUGGUAGAAAGAGAUGCAGUCUUCAUUCCCUCAGGUUGGGACAACGAAAAGAAGAUUGCAAUACUUCACGAGAACUUCCAGACAGUAAAGACAGAUGACGGGUUUGAGGAUGUAAUCGUCAAACCACCAGUCAGAAAGAUUGUCCAUGAAAAGGAGAUUCAAGCCGAAGAUGACCAAGUGUUUCUGGUAAAAUUGCAGUCUUUGCUCGCCAAACAGCCUGCUGUUACUGUAGGGCGACCAGUGGACACGACAACAAGAGCACCCACCGGUUCACCGCGGACGAGCAACCGUUCUGCGGCCGCCAACGUUGCCAAUGCCAUGCCACAAUCAGGUCAAACCAGUGAGGGGGUCUUGGCCAACUUCUUCAACAGUCUUCUGACAAAGAAAACAGGGACAGGAGGAGCAGGAACGCCAGGGGCUGGGAACAACACUCCAGGGACAGUACGCAAGUCAGGCUCGAAAUUGGGCCUGAGCGAUGUACAGGCAGAGCUAGACCGCAUAGCCAACCGAGAGACUGACUUGGACUUGCCCAAUGCCAACGAGACCCCCACCACCGAUGGCCAACACACAUGAAGACCAACACACUUUGUUCACCCUGUUGUUCUUCUCUCCUCCACCUUAAUCACCCUCUGCCUCUUUUGCCCUCCCUCCCUCUGCUCUGACACAUGGAUAUGCAAGGGAAAAAAGGGGGAAGUAGGGGAAAAGAAAAGGUGGACACCGAAUUUUUUUCUUCCUGUUAUCUUUCACUCUCCAUGUGAAGACUUGUCUCCUCUCUUCAUACCCUCUUCCAAAACCUACCCUCCAACCUUCCAACCCCACCUACCUCUCUUACCUGGCUGUUACACUGGGGGGAGGAUGUGUCACUGUAAAUGCAAGAAUGGUUACAUGGGUAUGAGGGACCAAUGUGGGGGUGAAGGCUGGAUUUUUGUUUGAAAAUAUUCAUUGCAAGACUCGUGGUGAAGAUGUAUAUCCAUCCAUUAAUUGUGAUGGUUCUGUUCGUGUUUUUUUAAUGGUAGAAACUGCUGAAUGAUGUUGAAGAAACUGCACUUAGAUUAUAGGGUUCGGCCAGUGACUUAGGCAGAGGAAGCGAUUGAGAACAAAAAUCAUUGCCUGGAACAAUAGUGUUUUUUUUGUUUGUUGUUUUUAAAAAGGGAGAAACAUACCUAUGUAUGUAUAAGAGAGACUGAAACAGAACAUUAAGGACAUAAGUGCAACCUACUUGUAUAUGUUGGAUGAGUUAUAUUUACAAACCAAAAAACAAAACCAUGACUAUGCUCUCUACACUACACUCUUUGAAAUACACUACACCACACCACAAACUAUAAUCAUGGACAACGAAAUAUUAGACUUAAGUCUAGCAUGGCGCACAUUUUGACAUUUGACCAAACUCCCUUCAUGAUAGUUACACAGGAACUGCAAAAGGUGGGUGAGCUUUACCCGUACAGAAUGAUGCACCAGUGAUUCCACAUCAGGGUGGUGGGUGGCCAGGGGGUGCCAGCAUGGUUAGGGUCACAUCAAGAAUGUACAGUCAUCGUCUUGCUGAUUGGUCCUGUUAUUUCAGAGCUCUGUGUUGGCGUUUGUAUAAUUAGAUCCGUUCAGCAGUCAAAUAAAAGGUAUUUAUUCGCAUUCA